AUGCGGUAGAGAUCCGUGCCUGAUUGGUGGUGGUAUCUUUUUCUUGCAGUGGCGAGGGGCGCCUUCGAUCGGGAGGAUGGGUCCAAUCUGGUGUGGCCGCAUAUGGCCGCGUCCGAGGUCUCUCUAGCCAAAGAUUUGACAAUGGAGAGGCUAGGGGAGCACAAGAACCGGGUGCUGUCAGCGGCCGACGACUGGCAAGCAGUUGAGAUUGCGAAAAGAACCGAUACGAGCGUGCGGUGGAAGGAGCCUGUGUCGCGGGAUGCUGAUGAGGUGGUUGCUGAGGGGAAUGGGAGUUCUCAGUCAAGACAGGAUGGCGUGAUAAAGGAAGUUGUUAGCACCAAUGGCAAGGGAGCCGAGGAGGGGGAUGGACAAGGGGUGAAGGAAAAACUAGCGCAGGAUACAGAUGAGGUGGAGAACAGAGAUGGAUCUGGUGCAGCAGCAGAGAAUAAUAGCAUUUCUGGAAUGACUACUACUGGGAACCUGAGUUCAUCUUCUUUACAAAAGGAAGAUGAAACUACACGUGCCACCCCCAGAGAGGAGACGUCCACAGGGGAAGUUAGUAUCAAUGCUGAUCUUGGUACAUCACUUAGUAGCGCUGGUCAAUCAGCAACUUCCCCAGAUGCUACGAUCCGCAUCAUCAAGGACCAGUUGACAAGAGCAAAGACGUAUCUUGGCCUUCUAGCGUCUAGAGGCAAUCAUGGUUCCGCCAAGGAGUUACGUGCACGAAUGAAGGAUAUCCAACGAGCACUGGGUGAUGCAACCAAUGAUGGGAUGCUUCCUCAGAAUGUCCAUAGCAGAAUAAAAGCAAUGGAGCAGACACUGGGGAAGCUCAAGAGAACUCAUGAUAGUUGCUCAGGUGCUGUGAGCAGGCUCCGUACAGCCAUUCACUCAACAGAAGAGCGGCUUCAAUCUCACAAAAAAGAUGCAAACUAUCUUGCUCAAAUAGCAGCAAAAUCUUUACCCAAAGGACUUCAUUGUCUCCCAUUGCGUCUUACAAAUGAGUACUACUCCACCAACUCCAAUAAUAAGGAUUUCCCAAAUAUGGAAAAGUUGGAAGACCCCAAACUCCAUCACUAUGCAAUUUUCUCGGAUAAUGUAUUGGCUGCUGCAGUGGUUGUGAACUCCACUCUUGUUCAUGCGAAGAAACCAGCAAACCAUGUCUUCCACAUCGUGACAGAUAGACUUAACUAUGCUGCAAUGAAGAUGUGGUUCUUGGCUAACCCCUUGGGCAAAGCUGCAAUUCAGGUUCAGAAUGUUGAAGAGUUUACAUGGCUGAACUCAAGCUACAGUCCAGUUCUAAAGCAGUUAGAAUCCAGUUCGAUAAUUGAUUACUACUUCAGGAGUGGGAAGGCUCGACCUGGUGAAAAUCCGAAAUUCCGGAACCCAAAAUACCUAUCAAUUCUCAACCAUCUGAGGUUCUAUCUCCCUGAGAUAUUCCCGAAGCUUAAUAAGGUGUUAUUUCUAGAUGAUGAUACUGUAGUGCAGCAGGACCUAAGUGCGCUUUGGUCGAUAGAUCUCAAAGGCAAGGUGAAUGGUGCUGUUGAGACCUGUGGGGAGACCUUCCAUAGGUUUGAUAAAUACCUCAACUUUUCCAAUCCUCUUAUCGCCAGCAAUUUUAAUCCACACUCUUGCGGUUGGGCAUAUGGCAUGAACAUGUUCGACUUGUCUGAGUGGAGAAAGCAAAACAUCACUGACGUCUACCACACCUGGCAGAACCUGAACGAAGAUAGGCUAUUAUGGAAGCUAGGCACCCUCCCUGCAGGCCUUGUAACAUUUUGGAACCGUACAUUCCCCCUUGACCGCUCCUGGCAUCUUUUGGGACUUGGGUACAAUCCAAAUGUCAACGAGAAGGAUAUCAGGCAGGCAUCCGUUAUCCACUACAAUGGAAAUCUGAAACCCUGGCUUGAGAUUGGACUGUCCAAAUACCGCAAAUAUUGGUCACGCCAUGUAAACUACGAUCAAGUAUUUGUACGGGAGUGCAACAUAAACCCCUGACCCUGAGUGGCAAACACUUUGUGAAUGAUUUUUUUUACUUGCUA